CUAACCCAUGAACACAUUUCUUGUUCUCAUUCUCACUUCAUAUACACCAAAGUUUCCUUCUUGCAUUGAAUUAUUCUCAGUUGCUCUUCUUAGCUUAAGCCUUUGAAUUUGGCUUUUAGUGAUGGAACUUCAUUCUAAAUACCAAGUAGGCCUUGUGUGCGUGAUUAUGCUCUUACCUGCACUAUGUACCUCCCAAGACUUCACAAGCUCCAGAUCUACCUAUUAUGGUAGCCCAGAUUGCUAUGGAACUCCAAGGGGAGCUUGUGGAUAUGGCGAAUAUGGAAGGACUGUGAACGAUGGGAGUGUUGCAGGUGUGUCUGGGCUUUGGAAGAAUGGCUCCGGAUGUGGUGCUUGCUACCAAGUGAGGUGUAAGAACCAACAAUUGUGCGAUGAAUACGGGACGUACGUAGUGGUAACAGACUACGGUCAAGGAGACAGGACGGACUUCAUAAUGAGUCCACGUGCGUACUCCAGAAUGGGACGGAAUCCGGACGCAUCAGACGAGCUGUUCAAAUACGGCGUCGUUGACGUGGAAUUUAGGAGGGCCCCAUGUAAGUAUGGCGGCUACAACAUAGUCUUCAAGGUCCAAGAGCACAGCAGAUUCCCCGACUACAUCGCCAUUCUCGUUCUCUACGUGGCCGGCCAAAACGACAUCACCGCUGUUGAGGUGUGGCAGAGGAAUUGCAAAGAAUGGAGACCCAUGAGAAGGUCCUACGGAGUAGUGUUUGAUGCAGAGAACCCGCCACGUGGAGAACUGAUGUUGAGGUUUCAGGUGAGUGGACGUGCAGGUGUUUACUGGGUUCAGUCCAAGAAUGUUAUUCCUAGCGAUUGGAAGGCUGGAGCUGCAUAUGAUUCUCAAGUUCAGCUUGAUUAGAUCCAUCUACAGCACAAGCAUGAAGGAACAGGCUAUAUAACUACUUAUUACUGCUGGAGUUGGGGUUGCUUUGAGAAUGUCAAGUUAGUUGUUUGUGAGUGAGUGCUGAGUCUAUUGGGGUUCUCGUGUGUACUUUCCAGUUGAGUUGGAGCUACUGUUAUUAGUGUUAGUGUUAACAUAUAAUAUAUGAAUAAAGAACUCAUCAAAUAUAUAUAUAUAUAUAUAUAUAUAUGAAUAAAGCAACCCUCUUUGUUCUCAUCUA